GGCUGCCAUGAUUAGAGACACCGAGGACCGGGCAGGCUGUGGGACUGGUGGCGGGGCUGAUGCUCACACAGCUGCCUCCUGCCUGAGUGCUGGGGAGUCUCUGGGAUAAUCUGCAGGCCAGGACUGCCCUUGGAGCAGCCUCUGCCCAAAGCGACAGCGUCUCCACUGUCCCCAGCGUCUCCACCCCGGCAUCUCCAGAGUUGCCCCCUGUCCCGAGCCGGGGUCCAGCCGCCAUGACGGACACGCCAGUGGAAGAAUCCCUCUUCCAGCUCAUUCACUGCUACCACCAGUACGCGGCCCGGGAGGGGGACGUGGAGACCUUGUCACUGGAAGAGCUGAAGGCCCUGCUCAUGGACAGUGUGCCCCGUUUCAUGGGGAGCUUGGGCCGGAAGGAGCCAUACUUCAUUGCUGAGCUGUUCCGGGCCGCCGACAAGAAUAAGGACAACCAGAUCUGCUUUGACGAGUUCCUCUACAUCGUGGGCAGGCUGCUGAGGGACUACCACCUGCAGUACCACCGGCAGCUGUGUGCCCACUACUGUGCCCAGCACAACCUCUACUAGAGGGAACGUGGGCAGCCUCCCCGCGGGGGCCGACGGUGGCGGGUGGCGGAGGGGAGCUCUGCCAUGUGUGUCUGCCCGAUGGGUGUGCGCACGCAUGUGCGUGUCUGUGGGAAGGACAGA